UUCUGCAGCGUCGGCACGGGCUACGUGACUUCGACGACAGCUCGAUUAAAGAAGAAAAGUAUUUUAUGCGGGAACAGGCACGUACCUCACUGCGCCAGGGUAUUUCCUUGCCGUCCUUGCGUUCUCGCGCAAGUGAUUCGAACGAUCGUCGUUUCUUUAUUACCCAACCACCUCAGCCCCGUUCCCCUGUUCCCUCCGCUUCAAACGAAACGACACUCCCACCCUUGCAUGUGGUUCGUCGAACGUGAACGGAAAACUUUUUUCAUUUGGAUCUCGCUGGUCUUUCUACGUUUGUCUGUGCCUACGAAGUGUUUCGGGAAGGCAGAUGCGUUGAUUCAGGCGGAGGUAGCGGUGUUUAUCAAGCUACACUUGAUUACUCACAUGAUCCCGGUCCGCUUGCGUCUGAAACAGCUAGAGAGGCAAGACGAAACAUCCAAACUCGUGGCACUCGGCUCGAUAGCAAUGGAGGAAUUAGUUUCGGCAUGUCUUUGUUACUGGCCCAGCGGCGAGCUGAGGUGGAGCGUGCAGCCGAUCCUCUUAGCCUCAUCACUUUUGAGCCUCCGGCCGGCUGGGAUCAUCGCUGUCGUGCUAGGAGGCGAUCUCUCCGAAGUCGUAAUAAGAGGUUCGGUUCGAGCUCCUGGCGCGAUACGGGGCUUUUUUUGAGAAGUGCUUAAAUCACGUGGCCCGAUGGUGGACCAUAAAUUAAAUGUCCCAUCGCUGGUGAAAGCUGUGACUGCAGUCAGUCAUAGCCGAACCAUCGGGUAGUAUAAAUCUUGUAUUUUAAACCGUAUCACAAUAA